AUGAGCUCAAUGCCUGUUCCACGAUUUAUUAGCCGCGUCUUGCGGCGGCCCGCGCCGUCCCACACUUUCACAGCUAUCAACCGUUUAUUCGGCACCUCGGCCCUGCGCUUCAAGGAUCCCGAUGUCAAUGAUCGGGCGCCCCCGAAUGCCCCUGGUCACCGCGAGAACCAGACCAACAAGCCGUCCAGCCCGAUAGUGCCCAACACGACUUCCACGAUGACCAAGGAUUUCCCUAAUGUUGGACAACGACCCGCGCCACCCGACAUGCUCAACUCCGUCGACCCCGAUUACCGCCCGGCUGAUCCGUACCCCGGCAAGAUCGAGCAUCUUACUGGCGGUCGCCAGAGCCAAGGCCCGCAGAAGCCCGAGCUGGGCGUUGGUGAGAUGGAGGGUAUUACCUUCAAAGUUGAGCCUUUGAAGCGAACCGGAGAGGAUGUUACUACUACCAGAGCUCGUUUGCUUUACCAGAGCCGAAAGCGUGGUAUUCUCGAGUCGGACCUGCUCCUGUCCACCUUCGCCGAUGUCUACCUGCGCGACAUGACCCAUGAGGAGCUGCGGGAAUACGAUAGCUUCUUGGACGAGAAUGACUGGGACAUCUACUACUGGGCGACACAAGACCCGCCCACUGAUGUGCCCGAGUCUAAAGCUCCGCCGCCUGAGGAUACCGUGACUGAGACCUGGAAGCAGACUGGUGCCAAGAGCGGCGAGUGGGCACAGACUGUUGGCGCGUUCAAGGCAGCUUACCGCCCCGUUCCGUCACGAUGGAAGGACUCGAAGGUGUUGCAGCUGCUGCGGGAGCAUGUCCGUGAUAAGAGCGCCACUGGAUUCGAGUCGGCGAAGAAUAAGAAGACUGGUGGUGGUCUGGGACGCAUGCCCAAUGUACAGAUUUUCAACUGA